AUGGCGGCCGCUGACACUGGCUUUAGGCAACAAGUACGAGAGGAGUUUCUUUCCUGUCGGAUUUGCUUCGAGACGUUUCGCCAGCCGAAGAUACUCCCCUGUGUGCACACUUUCUGUGAGAAAUGUCUCCUGAGACACGCCGGGAGGCGACAGAGCUUCAGCUGCCCGACAUGCAGACGUGAAGUCACACUGCCACAAAAUGGCGUCGCAGGUCUCGAAGACAACCACUUCAUAGCAAGUCUCACAGAAACCUUCAAGGCGACAGUGGUGCAGCGUGGAACCGACCCGGCUGCCCCGGCGGAUCGGUGUUUGGUGCACCCUGACCAGCUGCUGAACCUGUUCUGUGGCCGGUGUGAGGUCAUGGUGUGUGGGGAAUGUGUCAAUGAAGAACAUGACGGCCAUGUUGUCACAGGGCUGCGAGGAGCAACAACCCUGAGACGUAAGAACAUCUUUGCUCUGCUUCAGAAUGGACGAGAGCAGACAGAAACGCUGUGCGACCUUCUCCGCCGAGUGAACUACGCAGAAGGGGAACUCCUCAACAGCCACAGGAAGGCCAAGAGUGACAUACACGACAGUGACCGGGAAAACACUGGUGAGAGCGACACCAACUUUUCGUCUGCAGAAGGUGAACUGGACGUGAAGCUGAGCAGGAGAAUGGCGGAGCUGCAGACGACAAGAGGAAGUCUACUUCAGCACCUGGGCGAACUAGCCGCCGCUUGCGAGCGCGCUGGAAAUGUUGCAACUGAAGAUGACUAUGACAUGCUCUGUGGAGAAGAGGACAGGCUCUCUGAAGUUGUCUCCGAAACGAGAAGGUUCGAGGUACCAGAACUUUGUCUGUUCUAUUUUAUCCCGACCCAUGCAGAAGAGAACGGGGGUGAAAACAUCGGGGAAGUCAUCAUGCCGCUCGCUGGUCCGGCGUACGCACCUCCGUCACCGGGUGUCAGUAGGAGCCCGUGGCACACGCCCCCCUCACCACGCUUGAACAGAAGCCCUCGCCUUUCCCGAAGACAAAAUCGUUCCCAUCAAAACACCGAAGUCGGCGGUCCAGGGUUCGAGCCCGGUCGCUUUGCCGGACCCGCCAGCGCGAUCAUUUCUGACAGUCUCGGCUACGUAGUGGACAGGGGAAACAAGAGGAUCCAAGUCUUUAACAUGGAGGGGGACUUUGUAUCGGAGUUUUCCACAAGAACAGUCGGAGAUCGGAGAAGCAGCAUUCCAAACGGAAUAGCUGCAGAUUCAGAGAACCACCUUUGGGUGACGAACUCCUCCGGUGAUGUUACGGUGCAUGAUACAAGAGGAUGCCACAUCAAGACAGUCAAGACGAACGGAGAGCCGUGGGGCAUCGCGUACGACGUCAAAAACGACCGUGUGAUGAUCACAGACGUCAGACAACACUGUGUCAUCAUCCUCCGCACAGACGGAUCGCCGCUGGCCACGCUAGGCACUAUGGGUAGGGAUGACUACCAGUUCGACACGCCGUCUUACGUAGCCGUCAAUCUUCUCGGUGACGUCAUCGUGUCUGAUUGUCGGAACCACUGCGUCAAGGUCUUUGACGAAAGUGGGCGUUUUAUGUUUAGAUUUGGCGGCAAGGGUUCCGAGGAUGGCCGCCUGAGCUACCCCCGUGGAGUCUGCGCAGACGAGUCAGGCAACAUCAUCGUGGCCGACUACGGAAACGACCGAGUGGAGCUGUUCGACAGUAACGGCAAGUUCCUCAAGCACGUCGCGAGUAUUGAGUGGCCGGCGGCCGUGGCUCUAGGAGUUCAGGGUCAACUCCUGGUGACCAACGACUGUAAGCAUAAAAUGACCAUCUUCAGUCAUUACCAGCGGGUUUCCACAAGCGACAGUCUCAGUCUCUGUUGUAGCAUUCGGUCACUGUAUGAUGGCAGACUCCCGAAUGUCUGA